AUGAAAAAGUCCUAUUGGUUGUUACGUAACAGUUGGGGUUCUCACUGGGGAGAUGACGGCAACUUCAAGGUCGACAUGUAUGGUCCGCAUGGAUGCCAACAGAACUUUAUCCACACCGCUGCUGUCUUCAACCUAGACAUGCCCCACUUCCAGUCGUCUGUAACGGACACAGAAUUGUACAGCUACCACUUGAAGAGCUCCCCCGAUUUGUACAAGAACCUUUAUUAUAGCGCAUUGGGUGGAAGUGGCAGCUCGCCGAAUCACGCCAUUCACGGGCAGGAAGAAACAGUGGAUGGAGCAACAUCUACAUUGACAGUUCAAGGACCGGAAACUGCGCCAACAGGGUCGGUCGUAGGAAACACAGUUUCAAGUGAACAAGCUCCAGGAGCAAAACAUACGCAAGUAGAAGGACAACCACAACAGACGGGAGGAAGUCCACCACCACCAUCAACACCACAGCAACCAACAGAAAAGGUAGAGGAGCCAACUGCACCGAGCAGUGACGCAUCAGGGGAGAAGUCCAUUGAAGAAGUGGUAAACGAGAAAUUACCCCAAAUUAUUCACGUGUUGAAACACAUUAAGCAGACCAAAAUGGUGACGAGAGCAGUCACGUACGAGGGUGAGUACGAGUUGGGAGAUCACUCCUGUAUACGAACCGAAGCAUCAUCUGUGGAGAAACUAGAUGAGUGCCUACAAUUUUGUAAUGAAAAUUUUUACAAGUGCAAAGGGACAAUUUCACCAGGGUAUUGUUUAACCAAGCUGCAUGAAACGAACGACUGCAAUUUCUGCUCUGUGUGA